AUGUCGCUCAAGCCAGUUCAUAUCACGCAAGGGCCGUUCUUCUACCCCGUCGGCAACACCCCAGCUGUGUGCUUGACCCAAUCCCUACCGCGCGAACAAGAUGCCGCCCUGCUACUACUCGGUUGUGGAGAUAUCCGAAAUAUCCUCUUCACUGCUUAUAGUGGAGCUGGAGCUGACGACAGAAAGCUUGACUUCACAUGCUGCGACAUUGAGGCGGAGAUCAUUGCGCGCAACGUACUCGCCUUGACACUCAUCCUUGACGACACGAAAGGCACCCGCGUACGACAGCUAUGGAACCUGUACUAUCACAUCUUUAUUGAUGGCGAAUCCGCUGGUGUUCUACGCUCUCAGUCGAAAAAGCUGUUGGAGCUUGCGCAUUCGUUAAAAAGCUGGAAUGAAGGUCCAUAUGGCUCAACCAUCCGAUUCUGUGACAGCACCACACUCGAAAACGUUACUAAGCUCUGGGCGCUAUAUGCGUUAGAGCCAGUUCAAGACGAGACGUACAAGGUGACACAAGAUAUGCUGAAAGAUCAAUGGCAGGCUGCCAAGCAGGUGCAGGCCCUCAAGACAUCUGGGACGGCGUCCGUGGGAGACGGCAUUCGCGCAUUCGCCCCGCUCUUGACCCAAGGCUUCGAAGAGGCUGACAAAGCUUAUAAGACAUAUUGGAAGACUGGGACAUGUUUGGAGGACAACAAGGCCAUCAAGAACCUCUCGAUCGCCAAUCCUAUGUUCGUCUGCCAUCGCAGUGGCCUCGUGCUCCACUACGGUACGAGCCCGCUCACCGGCUUCCACCUUGCGCCCAUGUAUGCUCGACUCGCCGCGGACUCACCAUUGUUCGUAUCAAGCGAGACGACAAAGGGAAAGCUGCCAAAACCAAUGCAGAUAGCGCUCGACCAGCUAUCUGCCUGGUGCUUUGCGUUCAGGAAAGCAUCCAUGCGUCUCACCAUUCGAUAUGUUAACUCUGACGCUGGCGCGUUCUGUCAUGUUAUUCAACAUCAACAAGCACACGGCGAAUCACGCACAGCUUGUUGGUAUCGCAACGUGUGGACAUACACCCCACUAGUUUUAGAUGCGCCUGAAUACGAGCUGGGCGGAUCUGCACCGGCAACCUUCGAUGUUAUCGACACAUCCAAUUUGCUCGACUAUGUGGGCUGUCUCAACAUCCUUGCAGCAUCUGCGUCGUUGAUUCGCCAAAACGCCUCGUCCAUCCUGCGGACAGAAAUGCUCAUACCCUCUGAAAUCGACAUGGCAGCUUCAGCCAGCGCUUUGCUUUGUGGACACCUUCCAACAAUCGCUCUACUACUCGGUCUAAAGCCCGUUCAAUACUGGACAAAUGCAACCUCCGUUUGGCACCUGAACGUCGCCAAUUCCCCCGACUUGAACAAGACCAGUAUGUUCGCUGCAGCCACGUCUAGGCCCAUUGUACUCUGGAAGCCGGUCAAUACUUCUAAAAUUCGUUACGAUGCAGCUGAGCUAGCUAGACUGCUUAUGUCUAUGUAUCUGAACAUGUUCCAGGAUGAAGGAUGGGCCAAUCAGUUCUCAAUCCUGGGCUUAGGCAAUGCAGAAUUGCAGAAGAAGAAGCUUACCGCAUACGAACUGUACACUCGAGCAAGCUUCGUGUCGCUGCUUCAGCACAUCAAGGUAUCAAACGUCGUUGACUGGUCUCCAUUUAUGCAUGCUCUGGUCGAAGUAGGCAUCAUGAACGACACAACCUUGAACAUGGGUCCACACCACUUGCAGUCUCUUCUCGUCUACCUUGACAUGCUCGGGGUAUGGAAGGUAGAAGAUUCUUUUGAGUGGUGGCAUCCACGAACCUUCAAAUUGGGCGGUCCGUUCCGCAAAUGGGAGGACAUCCCUACACUCAUGUGCGUUACACUUGUCGUUCCUCACGACAAGGUCUCGAUGUUCGGAGAGCUUGCCAACGGCCACGGUACUCCGUUAUGCCAGCUCCAGCUCAACUCGUCGAUCAGUCCGAAAGAGGCUCUCUACACGGACAUACAGAUGGGUUUUGGAACAAUCGAGACUUCUGGUUCCGCGUUCACGAAUGACUAUCGAGUAAUGGUCCAAGAAGAUGACAAGGGCUGGAAGGGAAAGUCGCCAUUGAUCGUAUCCACUAUGGUCUCCACGUGCACCCUCACCGAAGAGGAAGAUGAUGCUUGUGGUGUUACCUUUGGACUCAAGAGUACUCCAACAGCUCAGCUGCAGUUUAUGUCCAUGUUUGGCAUGCUUCUGCAUGUGCACCGAUCUGCUCUCGGCCAAAAAGACGUCUUUGUUUCGCGAUAUCGGCCAGGCUUCCAAGGAUUCGUUUCCGUGAACAAGGUUACCACGUCCAAGGCGACUGAUGUAAACGAUGUCAUCGCUACCAUACAUCCGCUCGUCAGUAGCAACAGGAAUGAAGUCGAAUCACUGCGAGUACAUUACUCUGUAAUCUCAGGAAAAGCAAAAGAGCUUCUGCAAAGUGGAGCCAUCGUCUCGUUCGAAACUACGACGGCAUUUACACUAAGGCUCUCCAUUGGGAAGACGUAUCUGAUGGAUGUAGUACUUCCAUUCCCACCAAAUGCGGCCAGUGCCAAGACCAAGAUCGCACGCAAAUCGCUAUGGAUAGAGUACACGGCUGCCGUACAGAGUGGAGCAGCAAUCCUUCGACGCCCAGAUAACAUGAUGCCCGUCCAUCUUAAUGAGCAGCAUGGGGUCUCUCUCGAACAACUACACUACGUUCAACCUGAUGUUCUACCAAAACUUCUCCUUGGUCAGAAGGCCUCGUUUGCCAAGUGGAUCGGCUUACACCCUUCUCCCAUGGCUACGAUGUCGGCAGGAGAGUUGAAAGCCUACCAGAAGUCUCUCGCUGACGUAUCAUCAACCAUGCCUGGACGCCUUGGUGUGAAGGAGACCCUACAGAGUAUCUAUGCACACCUUGUUGGGGCAGAAGGCCAAGCACAGGCAAAGAUCAUCCAAUUCUGUACACCCACGUCAUUCUUCGGCAUACUGUAUAUUGAUUCGGUCCGUAUGGAUCUGUCGAACCAAACUCUUCUCGUCGAUGCUGCAUAUGUUCCUUUCCAUACAAGCGCGGACAUGGCGCCGCUUGCCGCUGUUCUCGCAGCGCGUCGGGACGACGCCGUGGGCAUCAAGAUGAAGGAGGAUGAAGUUGCCUUCUGGAAGCAUCUACUACCAGGAUUUGCCGAGCGAUGCCGCCAGUGGCAGCACAAGCCAACUUGCGAGUACAAGGUCGCAGGACGCAUCCCAAUCUCAACUGACCCCGACAAGCGUUACAUGUGCACUUGUGGCUACGGCGUCUUCCCCGCGAACUACCUCAAAGAUCUCAAGCAAUCUAAAGAUCUCUUCAAACACGCCGUCCGUGUCGCAGUCCCGGUCAUCUUUGCUUCACCUAUCAACACCGAUGAUCCUGCUUCUCUACCGUCGCCCUCGCCUCCUGCGAAGCCGCCAGCAAAGCCUCAAGCUCAAGCACCUGUGGAUAAACCUGAGCCUCGUCUGGUAGACCUCGGUGCGAAGGAAGGCACGUGUUGGGAGUGCAGUGCUAAGCGCCACGAGAACGGUGGGGCUUUGAGCAAAUGCGCCGCGUGCAAAGUGGCUCACUACUGUUCCGAGGGUUGUCAGAAGAAAGAUUGGAAGAAUGGCCACAGGCAGUUGUGCCCGCAGUUGAAAGAGGACUAA